AUGAAAAAAAAUGUUAAUAAAAAGAAGCGAUUGAAACUUCAUGCUGAAAAUCGAGACAAUGUUGUUUCUGAAUUGCAACGUGCAUAUGCGAAAUACUCAUCCGAUUUAGGUAAUUUUACAAGUAAUCUAUCAAAAACUGAUGGAAACUCGUAUUCGUGUGCUGUCAAAGAUCUUUUAAUAGAAAUGACGAGGAAAGAAUUACAAGGAUGUAAUGACAGUGGCAAUACAAAUUGUUAUCGGUGUAAACAUUUGUUGAAUAUACCUCGAACCUUUGAGAAGAUAUCGGACGAUACUGAAGAAUGUGUGGCUGAUUUAAAUUUUGUACAAAGUAUAGUUUGGUUAAGAUCAGCCAUAUUGUUUAUGAAAACCAUCCCCGUUGAACAGUUUCAUUUAGUAUUUUAUAAGCAAUGGAAGAAUACAGAAAAAGAUUUUCAUUUUUAUAAUCAAGAUUCAUCGCGUGGUAUUGAAGAAAAUGAUUAUGAAAAUUUGAACAGUCCAUUGAGUAAUCAGAAAAGCGAAUUUCUUAGUAGCGUCGAUUUGUCGUAUAAUAUGCGCAAUGAACAAUAUAGUACAUCCUACGCGCAACAAAUAAAUCAAGAAACUGAAACUUUCUCUCAAGAACGAAACAAUUCUUCUGUUUUCACUUCGUUUCAAAGUCUCGAAAAAUUUUUCAAUGCAGAAACUUGCACGCAACAGGGCGCUAUUGUAAAUAAUUAUAUUGUUCAAGAUUCGGACAAGAAAUAUUCCUCUGACUCCAACAUGUUCAGAGAUUCUCCGAAAAGUGAAAGCAAUAUUAACGAGAAAGAUUACGAAUUAUUGGAAGGAAGCGAUCUUAUCAAUGGAAAAUCGGCAGAUAAUUUGUCAUUAUUUUCCGAAAACAGUGAUAUAUCAAAGACAACUUUUAAUAAUAAUAAUGAUUUUUUAGAUAUUGCAUUAUCUAACGAGAGUUUUUUAUCAUAUGAACAGAACUGUAGUCAGCUAAGAGAACAAUUAACUUCAGAAUCGAAUAAACCGACACAACAAACGUGUGAUACGAUCUUUCGCAAUGAAAUUCCUAUCAUUUCACCGAAUCAGAUUAAUGAUGUCUAUUCUGCCAAAGAAGAUAGUGCUUAUGAUACCUAUCAACUAAGUAUAGAUCGCAUUUGCGAAAGUAGAGACUUCGUUGCAUUGCCUAGUCAAAAGAUUGAUAACAUUACUCCUUAUGAAAAAGAAGAUAUUCCGAGCGAUAUACAUGAGAACAAUUGGGCUUCCGAACAAAAUUCAUUUUCUUCGCAAUCGAAGAACAGUGGAAGCAUAAACGAUAAAGCUGUGGAAUCGUGCUCGCAGAAGUAUAAAAUAAAUUUGAUCGAAGAUACGGAAUACGAAGAAAAUUGCAGUAAGAGAAAGAAACUAAAAUCUGUACAUGAAUUGACCGUAUCUGAGACUAGUAAAAAAAAAGUGAGAAACAUCUCUACGGAAUGGCUGAAGUUUACCCUUGAUACUCUAAAUGUAGACGAUAUUGCUUUUCAAUCGAUGAAAAUGAUUCUCGCAGUUCUUCAAAGUGAGAAGAUAGCCAGACAAUAUAUGAGAAAAAGGUGUUGGAAAAACACUUUAGAGGAACAAGCUGUAAACGCGAUACUGGAUUACUGUGAUAUUUCUGAAGCUGAAAAUAAAACUAAUCUAUACACGCAGGAAAUUGUGCAGGUAGUGACAAGUAUACUGGAUAAGAGUAUAGAAACUGUUGAGCUCGAUAAGGUUACAAUACUGAUUCAUCAAAUCUCCAUUAUUUUACAACUAUGCAUUUCGAUAAAAGUGUGCGUUGAAAUAAUAAAUUAUCUAACUGUAAAAUUAAAAUUCUACGAAAAUGUUUUAAUCACUUUGAUAAAUAACAAAAAAGCCGAUGUACAUAGUAUAAUAAAUCAGUUACAUGUUAUCUUCUAUUCUUUAACUUUUUGUUUACAAAAAUAUCGAUCAGUUUUCUGUAAUAAAGAAACUGAUCAAUUUGAAGAAGACGUGAUACCACCUGUUGUUGAUUUAUGGAAAAAACAGUUAAAUUUUGAAGGUGUAAUAGUCGAGGAUACUAAGCAAACAAGAGAACGAAGGUGGUUAAUGAUUUUGAGCGAUUUUACACUAGUAGCUAUGGAAAAUUUCGUACAAUUUGCCAAAAAAUCACAGAAAUUAGUUAAUUUGCUGUCUAGCUUAUCGGGCAGAUUAAUCUUUUUCCAAUUACAUAAUCGUUCUGCGUUUUGCGGUAACAUGUCUAGUAUCGAGUACAAAAAUGUUUUAAUCGGGCAAAUCUCUGUGCAAUUUGGCAUUUUCAAUGGUAUAGUGAUACCAUCCAUUCCUGUAGUUAAGAUUCAACUAAGUCUUUUGGAUACCUACCUGUGGGUAUUGGCUGCCAGUUCAAAUCAAUACUCCAUUGUUGAAUCUUUGCCGGUGGCCAAAGACCUGCAUUCACUAAUUGACCAGAUAGCAUUGACAAUGGAUAUUCGGCCGUUUGCAUUUUCAUCGUCUCGCUUGUGUAAACGACGCCCAAAAAUUCAUCGUACACAUGCCGCAGAUGGACUCCCA